UGGUGUGGCGGCGGCCGUGAGGGGAGCAGACUGCCGUGUUGUUUUCAUCUUUUUUCCUGUUUUCCCCGCCAUUUUCCCGCCUAUCCCUGCCUCGCCGGGUCUCCCUAUGCCACCAUGCCUCCCAAGAAUGCCCAGAAGGGAGGCGCGGCGCAGUCCAAGAAGACGGACCAGAAGAAAAAGGAGAAGAUUAUAGAGGACAAGACGUUUGGCCUGAAGAACAAGAAGGGCGCCAAGCAGCAGAAGUUCAUCCAGCAGGUGCAGCACCAGGUGAAGCAUGGCGGCACCAAGACCGCCCGGGAGCUGGAGAAGGAGAAGGAGGGCUUGGGCAAGAAGAAGGACGACCUCAAGAAGAACCUGGCCGAGAUCAACGCCAUCUUCAAGCCCGUGCAGCAGACCGCCGGCAAGGGCAGCGACCCCAAGUCCAUCCUGUGUGCGUUCUUCAAGCAGGGUCAGUGCGGCAAGGGCUCCAAGUGCAAGUUCUCGCAUGACCUCAACGUUGAGCGCAAGGCUGAGAAACGCAGCGCUUAUGUGGACAUGCGCGACGGUGACGAAACAAGCGCGGAUUGGGACGAACAGACGCUGAUGGAGGUGGUGGAGAAGAAGCAUGGGAAGGAGAAGUCCCAACCCACCACGGACAUUGUCUGCAGGUAUUUCCUGGACGCGGUGGAGAACGGGAAGUACGGUUGGUUCUGGAACUGUCCGAACGGCACCACUUGUAUCUACCGCCAUGCCCUCCCGCCCGGCUUUAUCCUCAAGAAGGACCGCAAGAAGAUGGAGAAGCAGAAGGAGGAUGUGAGCUUGGAGGACCUGGUGGAGCGGGAGCGGGCGGCCUUGGGUACCAACACCACCCGCGUCACCCUGGAGACCUUCCUGGCGUGGAAGAAGCGGAAGCUCAAGGAGAAACAGGACAAGCUCAAGAAGGACUCGGAGAAGAAGAAGAAGGACUACAGCGCGGGCAAGGACUUUGGGCUGUCUGGCCGAGAGAUGUUCACCUUCAACCCGGGCCUUGCGUCGGGCGAGGAUGGCCUGGAGGAGGGUGAUGAGUCUCUGGACGUGCGAAACCUUGGCCAGGACCCGGAGGACGAGGAGAACCAGAUCGAGUACAAGGAGAUCGACUUUGGCAACCUGAUGUCGGAUUACCAGGAGGUGGACAGCAAAAACGUCACCAUAGCCAACACCGACCGCCUCCAACAGCUGCAGGAAGACCUCGACACUGAGUCAGCCAAGGCCGCCACUGCUGCCGCCGCCGCCGCUGCUGCUGCAGAGGAGGAUGGGGAGGAGGGAGCCACGGGCGGCGGGGAUGAGGACGGAGCGGCGGCCGUUGACAUCGACGAGGCACUGUUUGACGGCGACGACGAGGACCUUGACGAACUGGAGGAUGAGCUGGAGGACCUCACCGUCACGUAGAACACCAGCGGCAGCGGCAGCAGCUAUACCAGCACCACCUCAGCCAACCUUACCCUUAACCUCAGUCCCUCGCCCCACCUCGACCUCACUACAGCCACCCCAAAGCUGCUGCCGUCCUGCCCCGCGUCACCCGUGCAUCCGGUUGGUUCUUCUCCCGCUCCGAUUUUUUCUUUUUUUCUCUCGUUUUCCGUCUCGGCUUAUGGCUGUUUGCGCCUCGAACGACAACGCUGUCCUGGGGUUCAUCGCGUUCCCGGAUCCCGUUUUCCUUGGUUACUGUGUUAGUGGGUUUGUGGAGAAGCAGUGAGAGGGAGCAGGGUAGAAAGAGUAGGGAUGAGGUGUCUUUCCUUCUACUCUUCUCUGGGUUGUCUGUGGAUCUACUCGCAAGGAUGGAAGAGUAGGAAUGACCUGUUUGUCCCUUCUCUUCUGGGUUGUUGUUGUUUGUGGAGCGGCACUUAGCAAGGAAGGAACAAUAGAGAUGGAGUUGCUUUUCUACUACUGUCAUCUUCUGUUGUCUUGGUUGUUGUCUGUCAAUGAAGAAACUAACAAGGAACAGUAGGGCAGCUUUUCCGAUACCCUACGCCCCUGUCCACCCAGCAAUGAAUGGGUACCAGGUAUUAAUCGGGGGUUGUGGCCCUUCUCCUAUAAUUCCUUCCCCUUCUGUCUCUCCCCGGCAUAUAACCACAGAUGUUGCGCUGACUAAACGAAACUUUCCAGCUUCCAUCUACUUUCGUCUUCUGCAGUCUUGGUUAUUGUCUGUCAGUGAAGCAACUCAAGGAAGAUCGUAAUGGGAAGGACAAGGCUGCUUUUAUCAUUUCGCCCCUUGCUCCCUCUUCUUUUCCUCUCCCCCACCGGCCCGCUCGACUUGUUACUUCCUCAGGUGUCUGUGUCUGUCUAUCUGCUGGUAGGGCCUGUGGUUGCCUCCUCUUUAACUAUUAAGUCGUCACGCAGUCCAGCUAACUCACUACCAUUAAUUUUACGUCUCAUUUCCAAGUGAUUACAGCCAAGUGUUGUUCCUUUAAGGUCUUUGCACCCUCGUCAGUGACAUAGAUCGAUAGAGUGGCUGAGUAUUGGCGAGAGUUGGUAAGCACUAGGCAAGGGAAUGAAGGUGCCAAGUGGGAGUGCCAGAACAGGGAAAAUCAGAGAUGUCACUCCUUUAUGUGCCAGAGAUAUGAAUAGAUAAAUGCAGUCACCACAAGAACCCUUUGAUAAGCCACUCCAAAGAUAAGGGAUAGCAAGGCUCCACUCAAGCAUAUGAAGACAAAAUGGAGAUAUGGAUGGAUAGAUAGAGUCAGCACAAGAGCCUAUUGAUAAUCCACUCCAAAGAUAAGGGAUAGCAAGACUCUACUCAGUCAAAGCAUAUGAAGACACUUGCCCGUACCUGACCCCUCCACACUGCAAGGGGCGGCUCAGGACAACGCAGCGUUUUUGUAUGUCACGCAAACACAGCGCCAGCAACCACAACACAGCCUGGCGCGGCAACACUGUGUUCAAUAUUUACCAGAGUAUUACGAAGAUUCAUGUGGGGAAGAAUGUGUUUGGGGCUUCAUGUCUGUGUCUUCUCUCCGCAUGACCAGUUUCUUGAAGUGAAGCAUUGCACGAGUCGUCUAAUAAGUAUGAUGUUCUUGCUUCGUGGAUGAUGCAAUGUUUUCUCCUUAUUUAAAUGAUUGUAAUGUUGCCUUGUUCUUGUCUGUGUCUUGUCGGAAAAUGCGAUGAAGGGAGAUGUUCCGCGAUGUUCCCCUGGCCCAGUUUACAUCUUGUCAGAGGUUGCCGUGAACUUGUGGGAUAUGGUAAUGUUGCCCUGACCAGAUACGGUGAAAGUGAGAAAGUGAUGGAAGAAUCCCCCCCGAGCCAGGCAGCUAUACUUUUGCCUCUCUCACCAAGACGAAGCUGCCAUGAGCCAAGAUCGAACUCAACCUUUCAGUCCAGAGCCACCCGACCCCCAUGCCCAUGCCCACGCCCUGCCCCUUUAUACGUACUGGUAGAUGCUUUGAAGGGGGGCGUCUCGUAAUAUCAGCCUGGCCAAGUUUACAUUGUCAGAAGCAGCUGUGAAGGGGAGCAUCUUGUAACGUCACCUCGUCCCAUGUUAUGUUCCGAGAGACGGUGACGUAAUAUCAGUCUGACGUAUGUGUCCUUGCCGGUUGUCUGAUUCAAGAAUUAUACGUAAUGUGAUUGGCUACGUACCUCAGGAAAACUUGAAGCAGAGGAACAGGACAGACCAGCACACCGAAGAGCUUGUAGCAGAGUAACUUGAUAGGCUAGUUAAGUUAUAGCAGAGAAUGCCUGGGUUCAUGUUGUGGGCUGAAGAAGGAUGUGAUAUGCUUCUAAUUCUUGUGAUAUUUUAGAGAGGGAAGGAGAUGGCUUGAAGGGACUGAGCCUUUGCAGACAGGCAGCUGGGCCUGUCCACCUCAUUGGCCCCAGUCUGUAAAAACACUGCACCGGAUACAUUUCAAUGAGCACAAUUUGUUAUCAGAGGUGGACAGGCUCCAGCUCCCUGCCCGGCAUUACUCCCCCCUCUGUGUAAAAGCAAAAAGGUGGUAACUGUACUCAUCAUGGAAUCUUUAUUGAAAUCACCUUGAGUUAGGAAAUACAUAUAUUUUAACUGAAGUGGUUUUUACUUGAAUAUGUUUGACUUGUUACCUGUUAUUCCUAGCUUGGGGUUUACGCUUAAGACACAAGUCCUGUUACCGCGUCUCGUAGCCACACACGUCGUUACCUGUAAAAAGCUUUGCCAGACAGAAAGGUUACCCCGAGGGUUGCCCUGCACGGGGCACCUUGGGCAGCAGGCACUGGGGAGCGUUGCCGAGGCACAGCGAGUGGGAAGAGACGAAGCGCCGUGCACUGAGGACUUCAAGACAAGCAGUGUCCUCCACAGCCCAUCACAGCGACUCCUCCUCGUCCAAGUGAGGGGCAGUGAGCGCGGCGGCUGCCACAAGAUGACGUUGCCGCCAUCCUGAGGAACUGCUGGCCUGUGCCAGACUUUUGCUUGCAUCAAGCUUUUAACACUUUCACUUUCCUUCUCUUUCCUGAUGCACCUUCAUGAGAACAGUGGAGUGUUGAGGGCGUGUGGGUGGUGAUUACCACUGUGUGUUGUUCCAGGGUGUGGCCUCAGUGUGUUGUCGGCCAGGAGGUGGUGGCCGGCACGUGGCUGUAGCGCACAGAUCAGCUCAUGUUUAAACAAUGGAAAUGUUUACCAUGUUUGAAAAAUACAUGCCUCAUUAUGAAGCCAAUUUUACCUUGACCUUGUUUUUGUGUAGAGAUCCAGGAUGGUGGUGGUGACUGGUGGCCCAGCCAGCUGGUGAGCCUCAUUUCCUUUUGUUCUUUUCUGGUUGUGCUGCUGUAUAAGUAACUGAUAUUAUUAUAUAAGUACGACAGUGA